UCCUACAAUCUCACUUUAAUUUGAAAACAAAACUUAUCUUUCUCUUAACCAAGCUAUUUGAAAAUGUCAAGCAACCAGAACAUUAGCUUCCAAGCCGGCCAGGCCAAAGGUCAAACUCAGGAGAAGGCUAGCACCAUGAUGGACAAGGCUAGCAACGCUGCCCAAUCUGCCAAGGAGUCCCUCCAAGAGACGGGCCAGCAGAUCAAGGAGAAGGCACAAGGAGCUACCGAAUCAGUGAAGAAUGCCACCGGCAUUAACAAAUGAAGACAAUAUCAUUCCAUUUCCAUGAUGCAACUUUUUUUUUGACGAAUAAAAACAAUAAUUCAUUUUUUGAACCUAAAGAUUAGGUUUAAUAGUUUGAUUAUUCAGACUGUUGAUUUUUAAAAAAUAUAUAUAUUACUACUUGUAAUGGUUUUUGCUUCUGUUUGUUUUCUCAUGAUCAUGUAUUCUUUGUGAUCCUUUCUCAUUUUUGAUUUUCUCUCAUAAAUUAGCAUAGAAAUUGAAACAUUAUUUGAUUAA